AUGGCGUCUCUGAUGACCAUUCGCAGAGCCAUGUAUGCAAAGAGGGAAAACUUAAAGAAGUUAUCUGAGUUAUUGCGAAAAGGCAAGGUUGCUAAUGCGGAUUGUUUUAGUCUUUUAUUUGGGUUAUGUGGGAAACUUGAGAAACUUGAAGUGGCUAAGAAAGUGCAUGAUUACUUUUUGAGGUCUAGUUAUAGAGGUGAUGUUGGGUUAGUUCAUCAAGUUAUUGAUAUGUAUUGCAAAUGUGGAAGCAUGGUUGAUGCGCGUCGGGUUUUUGAUCAUAUGAAUGAUAAGAAUAUGGAUUCUUGGCAUUUGGUUAUUAAUGGGUAUGCCAAAAAUGGGUUAGGUGACGACGGGUUGGAAAUGUAUGAGAAAAUGAGGAAACUUUGGUUACGCCCGAAUGAAGAAACGUUUGUUGCUGUUCUGGAGGCGUGUGCUGCUGCUGAUGCUGUUGAAGAAGGGUUUAUACAUUUUGAUGCUAUGAAGAACGAGUAUGGGAUUGUUCCAAAGAUGGAACACUAUUUGGGGGUUGGGAAACCGGGACAUUUGGUUCAGGCGUUGGAGUACGUUGAGAAACUUCCAUUUGAACCCACAAUAGAAAUAUGGGAGGGUUUGAUGAACUAUGCUCGAAUUCAUGGAGCUAUUGAUCUUGAGGACAGGGCGGAGGAGAUGUUGAUUGGUUUUGAUCCUUUGAAAGUGGACCCCAAGAAAAUCCCGACACCAGUUCCUAAGAAGUUUACUGCUAUUAGUAUGCUCGAGAGUAAGAACAAGGUGGGUGAGUUUAGAAACCCUACGCUUUACAAAGACGAAGAGAAGUUUAGAGCUGCGAAUAAAGAGCAAAGCUAUGUCCCGGAUACUAAAUAUGUUUAUCAUGAUAUCGAUCAAGAAGCUAAAGAGCAGGCUUUGCUUUAUCAUAGUGAACGUUUGGCAAUUGCAUAUGGACUGAUUUCUACACCUGCAAGGACACCUUUAAGGAUCUUUAAGAACCUACGUAUUUGUGGUGAUUGUCAUAAUGCUGUCAGUAUUAUGUCAAAGAUUGUGGGUCCGGAACUGAUCCUUAGAGACAUUAAAAGGUUUCAUCAUUUCAAAGAUGGAAAAUGUUCUUGUGGAGGUUAUUACUGAAACUGGAAUUGUUUUCUUUACUUUUUCUUUGACAUGUUCUGGGAAAUCUAAGAAUGUUUGCUGACAUUUAUAUAUGUAAAGAUCAUUAUUCUGGUGACAAAGAUGUGCCUAAUGAUGUUUUGGGGCUUUUUUAAGUA